AUGACUUUCCCGUUUCUACUUUUCGUCUCCGCUAUAGCCUACAUUGCCAAGUACAACUCCCUUAACAUCUUCAUCAAUCAGGAAUAUCAGCCAACAUUCACCAUGAGCGCUUCACCGUUUGGUCAUUUCAUCUUUUUUCCAUCCGAAAUACGCUUACUCAUCUGGGAGAAUCUUGUUAAGGAGGGCUCCCUUGCGAUCCUUCGAACCAGUCAGGCAAUCUACCAUGAUAUAGCCGACCGUCUUUACGAUACAUUUGACAUCCAUCUUUUCCCAACUUUCGAAGAUCCGUGGAUCGAGAUUCGCUGUAAACUACUACGUGUGAAGUGGGUGAUCGGAAGACGAGAUUAUAACAAAUUCAGUAAUCUGGCAAGGGUACCGUACGAUAAAGUUGAACUUGUUGUUCACAUAUAUGCGCCUGACCCUGACGACUGCGGCCAAUUUAUCUUGCUCUGGGAGAAAAUAUCGAAACUAACUCAAAUGCUGUGCACUAUCGACGACUCGAGAAAGUACUGUGAUCGGGAAAACCCACACUUUAAAUAUCGGAGUGAGCCGGUGUACGAGAGAUUACAUCAACUUGGAUCUACUCCAGAGGCUAUUAUAUCUAUGGCGAUUUGCCUACGCAAGCAUAAUGGCGUUGACUGGAUCAGGAACGGCCAAGUUAACUCGACCUUUUGCAAGAACGGACUUGGAUACGACUUUAACGAGGUUUUAUUGCCGUUUUGUCGUCUAUCCCGCGUUAGAAGGUUUGAGAUCAUUCAAGGCACAGAGGAAAUGGUUGUAGCAGCUGACUGGGCGUUUGCCAACUAUGCAACUGCGUUUAUCAUGUCAGAAGGUUUUGUCACCUCUAACAACGCGGUCUACAGCCAAGACCCCGGGUACGAGGAUAUAGUCAUAGCGGGCCUGCUGAGCCACAGAGACGACCUUUUCACUCUCUGGGUGAAUUAUGGGUUCCUUGAGGUUCCCGAGCGUACUUUAUCACUCAUGAGCCGUGAGCAGCAGAUUUACCGUAUCUACACAAUGACGCAUAGGGCAUGA